AUGGGCUCGACAGUUGUUGAGUGGCCCAAAAGUUCAUAUACAGCUUCUAAAUGCUGAAAAACCCUAGAACAAAGCCUCCAUUUUUGCAGAGAAAAGAGCAAGGUCUCUGAAGAAGAGUGUGAAUUCAGAGCGGAGGCGCCGGAGUGUUUUGCAGAAAAAAUGGCGGACAAGGCAGUUACCAUUAGAACAAGGAAGUUCAUGACCAAUCGUCUACUUGCAAGGAAACAAUUCAUUAUCGAUGUUUUGCAUCCUGGAAGGGCCAACGUUUCAAAGGCCGAGUUGAAAGAGAAAUUGUCAAGGAUGUACGAGGUGAAAGAUCCCAAUGCAAUCUUUGUGUUUAAGUUCAGGACCCAUUUUGGAGGAGGCAAAUCUACUGGUUUUGGCUUGAUCUAUGAUUCUGUUGAGAACGCAAAGAAAUAUGAGCCAAAGUACAGGCUGAUCAGGAAUGGAUUAGACACAAAGGUUGAGAAAUCUAGGAAGCAGAUGAAGGAGAGGAAGAAUAGAGCCAAGAAAAUACGCGGUGUCAAGAAGACUAAGGCAGGAGAUGCCAAGAAGAAAUGAUCUGCUGGUGAUAGUUCCUUUAAGCCAAAUGCAGAAAACGUUUUCCAUGUUAUUUAUGUUUCUCUGGCAACUCAUGCAGAAUCCUUUCAAUUUUGGUUGAGUCACUCAAAUUAUAUUUGCAUGUUUAUGUGUUAGUACUCAGAAACUUAGUGAAUUUGGGAGUGUACCGUUUUUCUCAACAUUCUCCUUAUUUUAUAAUCACCAUUUCAAGUGCUGCGACAA